UUUAAACAAUGGAGUCUGACUCGGACAUUGAAUUAGUUACUGUGAUAACUUGUACAACCCUGGCACUACAGUUGCAACGACGUAAGCGCAAGCAACGUAAAAAUUAUCAUGUGAACCCGUACCUUCAGCUUCGGAGCACUAAAGGACGGUUUUUCAAAGACUUUGACGACAUGAGAUCUACUCCACACAUUUUUCAAGAGAACUAUCACAUGUCGCCACAAGAUUUCGAUCAAUUGCUGAAUAUUAUUCAACACAGGCUGGAACCUAAAGUUUCAACCCGUCCACAUGAUGCUAUAAGUCCACAAGAGAAACUAUCAGUAACACUUGAAUUUUUGGCAUCUGGGUCUCUACAGCGUCACGUGGCAUCAACAUAUAGAAUCAGUAAACAACGUCUUGGUCCAAUCAUUGAACAAACUAGUCGUGCCAUAUUUGAAGAGUUGAAGGCGUCAUUUAUGAAGGUAUUUAGCUUCUACUGUAAAUUAAGUGUUGUGAAAAGAAAACCAAACUAG